AAACCAGUUUUCAAUGCAUAACUUUUCAAUCUAUACCAGCUUUCUCAUCCUUCACAAAAUCAGUUUUCAAUACAUAAAUUUUCCUCGAGCAAAAAUGGGUUCCAAGGCACUUUUUUUCUUCUGCAUCUCCUUGGCUGUAGUUCUAACAAUCACCUCACAGGCGGCUGGUAGGGAAUUGGCUGAGACUUUCACGUCAGUUAACAACCCCAAGACACGGAGGGAACUUGGGACUCCUCACUAUGGAGGAAGUGGGGAUCCAAGAGGAGGAGGCCACGGAGGGAACCUUGGAGGUUGGGCCUAUGGAGGAAGUGGAUAUCCUGGUCAAGCUGUGGAUGCUGAGCCUUAGAACUAAUAAAGCCAGCUUUAACCAAGGCUAUUUUGAAGUGAAAACACAAAUAAGAGCCGGAUUAGUCAUCAUGUAAUAUGAACUCCAUGUUUUUGAAGUAUGUGAAGUUUUUUUUUUUUUUUUUUUUUGGAUGUGAUGGCCAAAAAAU